AUGGUUGUCGUUGUUCUCCUGUCCUCUCUUACAGCGGACGUCCUCCUCCCACCAUCACUCUUCGCUGACGUCGGUGCCCGGGGGCUCUCGGCACAGGUAUCUAUACAGCGUACUGAGAAGAUCUUCACUGAGUUUGCAUCCUUUCUUUUGAGAAAACAGUCUGAAGUGGUGGAGAUGAUCAAAGCUCAGGAGAGGGCUUCAGUGAGGCAAGCUGAAGGUGUCCUGGUGAAACUGGAGCAGGAGAUUGCUAAUCUCAAGAGGAGAACUGAAGAGAUUGAGGAGCUUUUACAAACAUAUGAUCACAUUCACUUCCUCCAGAGUUUCCAGUCUCUAUCUGCCCCUAUUGAGGCCAAAGACUUGCUGACCAUCACCCUCAGUCCUCAAAGCACCUUUGCAUAUGUAGAGAAAUCUCUCAGUGAAUUUAAAGACCAACUAGAAGAUUUCAGCACAGUGACCAUUGGCAGGAUAGACAAAGAAGUUAAGGCUGUUGAAAUAAUUAAGCAGACUGAACCCAGAACCAGAGAAGAGUUUCUCCAACAUUCCUGCCUGCUCACCCUGGACACCAACACAACAAACCGGCUACUGUGGCUCUCUGAAGGGAACAAAAAAGUGACCUGCAAUAAAGAAGGCACUUCGUACCCUAGUCAUCCAGAGAGAUUUGUCGAGCAUGAGCAGGUUCUGUGCAGAGAGGGUCUGGCAGGACGUUGUUACUGGGAGGUGGAGUGGAGUGGGAAGCUUGGAGUCUCUAUAGCAGUGGCAUAUAAAGGGCUACAGAGGGCUGGUUCGGACAGUCUGUUUGGUCGUGAUAAUCAGUCGUGGAGAUUAAGAUUCACUGAAAAAAACUGGCACUUCUGGCACAACAAUAACAAGACUGAAGUCCCCAAAGUGCCCAAUUGCUCUAGAAUAGGAGUAUAUUUGGAUCACGAGGCAGGAACUCUGUCCUUCUACAGCGUUUCUGACACAAUGACCCUCCUACACAAAGUCCAGACCAAGUUCAAUAGACCUCUCUACGCCGGGUUUAAGAUCAACUGUGAUUCAACCUUAAGAAUUUGUGACUUAUGA